AUGGCCCCUUCAGUCCUCGUCGACCAGCCCAUCGCUAGCGCAGUCACGCCCAAGGCGCUGGCUCAGACGACGCUCAAGCCCUCACAUCCAAACCCUUCACUCCAGGUGACAGCCGACCAUAAGUUGAAAGUAGUCGAAGCUCCCGUCAACGCGCCCGGACAUGGCGAGGUAUUGGUACAUAUUAAGGCGACCGGAAUCUGCGGAUCCGACAUUCAUUUCUGGAAGACCGGUCGCAUCGGAUCAUUGGUUUUUGAAGGGGAUUGCAUUAUCGGCCACGAGGCGUCGGGAAUCGUCCUGCAAUGCGGCGAGGGUGUGAGCCAUUUGAAGGCUGGCGAUAGAGUCGCAGUGGAACCUGGCGUGCCCUGCGAACACUGCUUUCUGUGUGACGAAGGUCGCUACAAUCUAUGCGAGAAUGUUCAAUUCGCCGGCGUCUAUCCUUAUGCCGGUACAAUUCAACGAUACAAAGUACAUCCAGCCAAGUGGCUGCACAAGAUCCCAGACAACGUCACUUUCGCCGAGGGCGCCCUUCUUGAGCCCCUCUCCGUCGUGAUGCACGGUAUCAAGACUGCCGGCUUGAGCCUCGGCCGUGGUGUCGUGGUAUGCGGUGCUGGUCCUAUCGGUUUGAUCGCGCUGGCCGCGGCUCGAGCCUCUGGAGCCCAUCCCAUCGUUGUGACUGAUCUCGAGCCUUCGCGUCUGGCAUUCGCCAAGGAGUUUGUCCCUUCCUGUAUUACCUAUCAAGUGGACCGGACUAAGGACGCCGAGGGUAAUGCCCAAGCUAUCCGGGCUUUGUUCGGGGAUAGUGAGUACGUUGCUCCGGAGACAAUUCUGGAGUGCACAGGCGUGGAAAGCAGCGUGUGUACUGCCGCAUACACCUGUCGUCGUGGCGGCACCGUCAUGGUGAUUGGCGUUGGAAAAGCUAUCUUGAACAACCUUCCUUUCAUGCACAUUUCUCUAGCAGAGAUUGAUCUACGAUUCAUCAAUCGGUACCGCGACACUUGGCCCCCGGCCAUCCAGUGCCUGAGUGGUGGCAUCCUGGACUUGAAGAAACUGGUCUCUCAUGUCUUCCCCCUCGAAAAGGCAGAGGAUGCCUUGCAUCUCUGCGCCGAUACACGGAAGGGAAGCAUCAAGGUAUUGGUAAUAGAUGAGGAAGAAGCAUCAUUAUGUGCUUAA